UGCUUGAUCCACAGUAAAAAACAAAAUCAAACCUAAAACCAGAGAAUCAAUCAUCCUCGAAUUGAAUAAAAAUCCAUCAAACCCUAAUUUUUCAUCUUCGGCUUCGGAGCAGAUUAUUGUUUUACUUCUUGUGGUGCCAUAGCUUCUGAGAAAGAUAUAGAUAGAGAGAGAUGGAUUGGGAUAGCGUAGCUGCUGAGGAUGUGAUCGAAGCGCUAAGAGAGGUUGAGUGGUCGACGCGUCCUCGUUCCUUAGCCGAGUUCUUCUCCAGAUUCGCCUUCCCUCGCUCUUUCUCUAAGUGGAUGAGUCGUCUCAAAUGCAAUCUAUACUACUAUAGGACGAAUUACUUCAUACUGUUUAUUCUCGUUCUGGGUCUUGCACUUAUCACGAGACCUCUGGCCAUUCUUGGUGCUCCUCUUACUGCCCUAAGCUUAGCUUUCCUUAACGACAGCUUUGCAGCUACUUUUAAUGAGAAGAUGAUCCGGACCAUUAGGCAUUUUUCACCACAUUUAGCUGCAAAGAUGAGACCUCCCCACAUGCCCGUCAUUCGUGGGCGAUCUGCAGUUAGAAAGAAGGUUUACGUUUGUGGCAAACCACGUUUGGUAUUUGUCUUGCUUGGAUUAACCGCCAGCUUUGUCUUGUGGUUUACUUCCUGCGGUUUGUUAUGGGUCCUCUAUGCAUUUGCCACUGCCCUUCUCAUGAUCAUUCUUCACGCAAGCCUGAGAACUCCAAACCUCAAGGCACGCCUGAACACAUUCCGUGAAGAAUUCAGGGCUGUCUGGCGUAACUACAGUGAACUUUAAGUCAACAAGAAGCCUUCAUUCUUGAAGCAAAAACCAAACGGGGAUAUCAUCACUGUUUCAAGUAAAGGGCACAGCAUAAAUUUCGAUUCCUUGUCAUGUUGGCAAAAAAAACAAUCGCAGUUAUUUGUUAACUUCUCUAGUUAGCUAGUAACUGUAAGGCCGCUUGUCUGAUGGAAGAUGCGCCUCCUCUGAGUUGAAAUCGCAGAUAGAACAUAGUGUUGUGCUCUUAAAGGUUCUUGCAAGGCUACUGCUCGUCAUCAGUUCCAUUGUAAUGAUUGUUCCAUACUCGACGCUUAUAGUGGGUUAGUAAUUCAGUUUUACAAUAUCUUC